CUCAAGUCUGUCAGGGCUCGGCGCCCGGCCGUCCCCGCCAGGCCCCUGGGCCGGCUUCCGCGGUCGCCAUGACGGCGGCCGUGUUCUUCGGCUGCGCGUUCAUUGCCUUCGGGCCUGCGCUCGCCCUCUACAUCUUCACCAUCGCCACCGAGCCGUUGCGCGUCAUCUUCCUCAUCAUUGGAGCUUUCUUCUGGUUGGUGUCUCUGCUGCUUUCUUCCUUUGUUUGGUUCAUGGCAUCAACCAUUGCUGACAACAAAGAUGGACCGGUACAGAAAUAUCUGUUGAUCUUUGGAGUGUUAGCCUCGGUCCUUAUCCAAGAAAUGUUCCGGUUUGCAUAUUAUAAACUUUUAAAAAAAGCCAGUGAGGGCUUGAAGAGUAUAAACCCAGAUGAGACAGCACCAUCUAUGCGAUUGCUGGCUUAUGUUUCUGGCUUGGGGUUUGGAAUCAUGAGUGGAGUCUUUUCCUUUGUAAAUACCCUGUCUGACUCCUUGGGACCCGGCACAGUGGGCAUUCAUGGAGACCCUCCCCAGUUCUUCCUAAAUUCAGCUUUCAUGACGCUGGUGAUCAUACUGCUGCACGUGUUCUGGGGCAUUGUGUUUUUUGAUGGCUGUGAGAAGAAAAAGUGGUACUCCCUUCUCGUGGUUUUUCUGACCCACCUGCUGGUGUCAGCCCUGACCUUCAUAAGUCCACAUCAUGGCUUAAACCUGGUGUCAGCGUACAUCAUCAUGGUGCUCACGGGCACUUGGGCAUUCUUUGUUUCUGGAGGCAGCUGCCGAAGCCUGAAGCUCUGCUUGCUUUGCCAGGACAAGGACUUCCUCCUUUUCAACCAGCGCUCCAGAUAACCUCCGAGGACCAGCCCUUCACAAACAUUGGAGCAGGAAUUUCUCGGUGACCAGCCUCAACACAUGGAAACCUCCAAUGGAAAGAACUGCAAAUUUUAUCUUCAUCUCAUUGAAAACGCUGAAUAGAAGGAACCACUCAACUGGCGUAUGGUCUCAGCCUCGGCAAAAGAAUUGGGGACUUGACACAUUCUAAGGUGACGACGGUAGAUUAUGAGCCCUGAGCAGGUGCUGGCUUUAAGGUCCAGUAAUUUGUAGGUGGCACUUGUAGCUUGUGUGGGUCACUGUAAAUUCUGCUUCUACCUAAUAGUAAAACUGUACAUACUUUCAGUGCUUGAGCAAAAUCAGAGGUGGGGUCUACAGUGUUUAAUCAGGGCUUAUCAUGCGCAGAACAUUGUGUUAGAUAUUGAAUGAAUGGAAAAGAACCAGAUGGUAGAGAUCUUUGUUCCCAGGGAAUAUAUAAUCUAACUGCUGAGAUUAAAACAUACAAAUAUUACUUUAAGGCAACUACAAAAUACACUACAAAUUAUGAUAUAAUAUAAAUAGUGCGAAUACGUAAGGUGAUACUUACAAAGUUUUAGGAGUGGAUGAAGGGCACCAGGGUAACGGAUGUACAUCAAAAGGCGGGGACUGAGGACGGCUCGCUGGGGCACUCCAGUUGACAGGUUGGAAAGGGCAGGGAGAGUCGUCACUGAGGAAAGGAGGAAAACCAGGAGGAUGAGAGCCAAGAGGAAGCAUGUCAAAUGCUGCUGAGCAGUGAGGAAGGUGGGGAGUAAGAAUUGGUCGUUACAUGUGGGGAGGUGGAAUUUUCUGGUGACCUUGAGAAGAGCAGUUUCACUGUAUGGGUAAACACCUAAAUGGAGUAGAUUGUAGAGACCGGGAGAUAAGGAAGUAGGCGCAGCAUAUGGCGUAUAGAUAGCCAUGUAAUUUUAGUUGGGGAACGGGAUGAUAGCCUGAGGAGGAUGUAGGGGCAAGAGAGGGCAUUUCCUCCCUUCCCCUCCUCUCCCCUUUUGUAUUGCUUUUUCCCCUAUAAUGUAUAAUAUAUUAUAAUAUAUCAUAUGAUACUGUAACAGCAUGUUUAUAUGAAGAGGGGAUGAUUCAGUGGAAAGGGAGAAGCUGAUGCUGCAGGAGAGGGGAUAGUUGCCAAAGCAAAGGCCCUGAGAGGGAAUAGAGUGGAAAGUUUUUAGUUUUAAAUGCUUAUAGAUAAAGCUAAAAUGUUUAAAAACAAGCGCUUAAGCUUCUACCUAAGAAACUACAAAAAGAGGAGCAAACUAAAGCUAAAAUAAGCAGAAGAAAGGAAGUAAUGAAGAAAACAGCAGAAAUCAAAUAGAAGGCAGAAAUGGAGAAAUCAAUAAAACAAAAAUCUGGUUCUUAGAGAAAAUCAAUGGAAUUGAUAAAGCUCUGGCCAGAUUGAUAAGGAAAAAAAAGGAAGAGGGCACAAAUUAUGAAUAUCAGGAAUAAGAGGAGACAUGACUACAGACUCUACAUUAAUAAAUAAAAAGGGAAUGUUAUGGACAACUUAAUGCCAGUAAAUUACAAACUUGGACAAAAUAGAUUCCUUUAAAAAAAAAAAAGGCCUCACUCAAGAAGAAAUCGAAAAUCUGAAUAUCCCUGUAGUUCUUCAGACUGUGUUCUUUCUUGCCUCUUAAACAUGCCUUGCAAUGAUUUAUUGAAAGCUGGGCAUCAUGUAGUAGGUAAUGGGAAGUGAAGUAAAUAGGCCUUUGGUGGAAGUUUUGUGUUAGUCUGGGCCAGAACUGGGCUAUAUUUAAUGUUUGCUGCAGCUCUCAGUACCAGAGCUUUCAGAGUCCCUUAGUGCCCUUGUUUUUGUCUCUCCUCUUGACUUUGGGCUUCCCCACAUGCUUCUCCUCGAAGUGAGUCUACGUCUUGCAGCUCUUUAAGCUGAAGUCACUGUUCUUACGUUGGAGCCCUGUUGGUGUGGCAGUAGAGGGGAUGUAACCUGUAAUCUUAAUAGUAAAUUUCAGUUUUUUGGUGGAACUACGUCCCUCACCAAGUCUCUCUUAGCUCUUUUCCUCCCCUUAGGGGAGACAGGCAGGCUAAAGGGGGAUGGAGUGGGAGAGAUGCCCUUCUCCCAGGGGAAGUAAGGCUGUUCCAAGGGCCUUGCUGUCUUUUUUGCUGGAGACAAAAGGCCUUUAUUAUGGAGAACACUCCGUGCAUAUUUGUCAAUGAUUAGCCUAACCCUUUCCCUGCCAGGGCUAUGGAAGGCUCUCCACUCUAAGAAUCUGGUGGAGUCCUGGAGAUAAAAUCCCCAAAAUUGUGGGGCUCCUAAGACUGUCUGCUAGUCUUAGGAAUUUCUCACUUUUAUGCUAUUCCAUCCUCAGACUCUAACAAUUUGUCAAAAUCAGCAUUUAAGUGUCCCUGCCAGCUUAUGGCUCCAACAGCUUCUGCUCUAGCUAAGCACACCCAGCUGUUACUCUCUGGAUUCACCAGUCUCUCCAGAUUUCAGGAUGACGGCUUGUCCUGAGACCUCAGUUCUCUGAUGGGGUCAAGAAAAGCGAUUUUCAGUUUGUUUAAUGUUUUCUUAUUGUAAGUGUGGGAGUGCCAGCUUUCAAGCUCUUUACAUGUUGGAGCUAACCAGAAGUCCCCUAUAUCUAUUAAGGACAUUGAAUUUGUAGUUUACAUAAAGAAAUUCCUAGAAGGCUUCAAUGAAGAAUUUUACCAAACAUUAAAAAGAGAGAGAGAGCUGUUAUAAGACUGUAGUAAUCAAAACAGUGUAGUGUUGGCAUGAAAACAGACACAUAAAACCAUCAAAUGUCUAGAAGAAAACGUAGGCAGGACUCUUUGACAUCGGUCUUAGUAAUAUUGUUUUUGGUAUGUCUCAGGGGAAACAAAAGCAAAAAUAAAUGGAGCUGUGUCAAACUAAAAAGCUUUUGCACAGUGAUGGAAACUGUCAACAACACAAAAAGGCCACCUGUUGAAUGGUGGAAGAUAUUUGCAAGCAAUAUAUCUGAUAAGAGGUUAACACCCAAAAUAUACAAAGAAUGCAUAAAUCUCAACAUCAAAGAAAAAAACAUCCCAAAUAAAAACUGGGCCGAGGAUCUGAAUAGACAUUUUUCCAAGGAAGACAGGCAGAUGGCCAACAGGCACAUGAAAAAGAUGCUGAGUAUCACUAAUCAUCAGGGAAGUGCAAAUCAAAACCACGAGAUACCACCUCACACCUGCCAGAAUGGCUGCCGUCAAAAGGAUCGCAAAUAACAAGUGUUGGCAGGGUUGCGGAGAAAAGAAAUCCUUAUACACUGUUGGUGGGAAUGUAAAUUGGUGCAGCCACUGUGGAAAAUAGUACGGAGAUACCUCAAAAAGUUAAAAAUAGAAAUGUGAAAUAAGUCCUGGGUAUUAUCCAAAGAGAACAAAAACACUGAUUAGAAAAGAUACGUGCACCCCUAUGUUCAUUGCAGCAUUACUUACAAUAGCCAAGAUGUGGAAGCAACCCAAGUGCCUAUCAACAGAUGACUGGAUAAAGAAGGUAUGCUGUAUAUAUGCCAUGGAGUAUUACUCAGCCAUAAAAAAGAAUGAAAUCUUGCCAUUUGUAACAACAUGGAUGGACCUAGAGGUUAUUAUACUAUGUGAAAUAAGUCAGUAGAGAAAGUCAAAUACUGUGUGAUUUCGCUUAUAUAUGUGGAAUCUGAAAAACAGAUGAGCAAACAUAACGAAACAAAAUGGAGUUAUAGAUGCUGAGAACAAACAGGUGGUAACCAGAGGAGAGGAGGGUGGGGAAAAGAAAGAAAUAGGUGAGGGGGAUUAAGAGGUACAAACUUCCAGUUGCAAAAUAAGUGCCAUGGGUAUGAAAUGCACAGUUUGGGGAAUAUAGUCAGUAACUAUGUAAUAUCUUUGGAUGGGGACACAUUGUAACUAGCUUUAUCAUGGUGAUCAUUUUGAAAUGUAUAGGAAUACUAAAUCACUAUGUGUUGUAGGUCAGUUACACUUCAAAAACAAACAUACAUACAAACUCAGAAAAAGAUCAGAUUUAUGGUUACCAUUGGUAGGGAGUGGGAGAAGGGGGAAUUAGGUGAAAGCCAUCAAAAGGUACAACGAACUUCCAGUUAUAAGAUGAAUGAGUACUAGGGAUGAAUAUAAUUAAUGAAUGAAUAUAAUUAACAUGAAUAUAAUUAACACUGCUCUGUGUUCUAUAUGAAAGUUGGUAAGAGAGUAAAUCCUAAAUUCUCAUCUCACACACACACAAACUUUUUUUCUAUUUGAUUAUGUAUCUAUAUGAGAUGAUGCUUGUUCACUAAACUUACUGUGAUAAUCAUUUCAUGAUGCAUGUAAGUCAAAUCAUACUCUGCACCUUAAAUUUAUAUAAUGCCAUAUGUCAGUUAUAUCUCAACGCAAUGAAAAAAAUUGUUGAGAAUAUGGUGGAAACAGCAUUUUGUGAGAAAACAAAUCAGUACAAUUCUUCUGGGUGGUAAUUUAACAAAAUCUAUUAUAUCUAUAAAAUUUUGAGAUGGGCUUUUUUUUUUUUUUUUUGUGAGAUGGGCAUUUUUCAAACCAGCAGUUCCUUUUCCAGGAAGUAAUCCUAUAGAAGUACAUCCAGCUACCUGAGGAUCUUGUAAUUGUCUUGUAACCAUAAGGAAUUUGCAAUGAAUGUCUGUCAGAGCUUUACCUCAAAUUACAGAGUACUUGACAGCCAUUAGAAAGAAAGAGGAUAUUUAGAAUAUACUGGAAAACAAAAGCGAGGUAUAGACCAUUCUUCCAUUUAAUGAUUUUUCUUUUGCCAGAUGUUGUGCUAGGUACCAAGGAUGCAAUAGUGAAAGUAGGUGGGAUCCAUUUUAUUAAAAAUUUUAAAAUGAAUGUUAAAAUAUGCACAAGCAUAUAUAAAGUCUGGAAAGAUUAAAUUAAAUUAUUAGCUCUGACUAUUUUGGGAGUUAGGAUUCUGGGGGGCUUUGACUUUUUCCAUAGUUAAAUAUUUGUAUGUUUUUAAGUGAGCAUAUGUUAUUUAUGUAAUCAGACAAAACCAUAAUCUAAGCACUUCCAUGAUUUCUUUUUGUUUUGAUUAGAAGGUGUGUAUCAUGCAAGGUCUUUCACACUCUGAUCCCAGCCAUUUUCCUGCCCCCUACCUGUCCCUGUCCUCCCCUCCCACACAUUCUCAAACAUAUCCCUGAGGGAGGCCUCUCUCUACUUACCUAGCUGCAACCAGAAAACAUCUUAGUCCCCCUUCAAGGUCCUGCUCAAGUGUCACCCUUUGUGAAGUCUUUCCUGACUAGACUCAAAAAAGCAAGUGGCUUUCUCCACCGUGAUUCCUUAACACUUACUUUUUUUAAAUCAAGGAAUAAUUUACAUACAGUAAGAUGCACAAGUCUGAAGCGUACAGUUGGAUGAGUUUUGACAAAAGUGUAUGCCUGUAACACCACCACCCCAGUCAAACUCUAGAACGUUUCCUGUCCCCACGUGGUUCCCUCAUGUUCCUUUCUAGCCACCCUGUCCCCUUCCACAGAGGCAACCACUGGCUCCAACGCCAUCACUGUAGGUUGGUUUCACUUGUCUUAAACUUCAUAUAAAUGGCAUAACACAGAAUGUA